AGUAAGCCAUCCAUUAAGGAAAAGACUCUGAGAGAGAGAGAGAGAGAGAGAGAGAGAGAGGAGGGGUAACGGUGGGGAACACAAAGAGGGUCAAUACCUCAUAAACCGUCGCUCUUGCUUUAGACUCUCAGAGAGGGCCCAAAAAACAAUAGCCAAAAGGCCACAAAAGCAUGGGCAGCUCCUCCGCCUCCUCUCGCAAGGCGCUGAGUAAGAUAGCGUGUAACCGGCUGCAAAAAGAGCUGGUUGAGUGGCAGGGCAACCCUCUUUCCGGUUUCAAACACAAAGUCACUGAUAAUCUCCAAAGGUGGGCAAUUGAAGUAAAUGGAGCUCCCGGAACAUUGUACGCUAAUGAAACCUAUCAACUUCAGGUGGAUUUCCCUGAACAUUACCCUAUGGAAGCACCCCAGGUGAUAUUUCUUCAGCCGGCCCCUCUCCAUCCACAUAUUUAUAGCAAUGGCCAUAUUUGUUUAGAUAUCCUAUAUGAUUCAUGGUCCCCUGCCAUGACAGUUAGUUCCAUCUGUAUCAGCAUUCUCUCCAUGCUAUCAAGCUCAACUGUGAAGCAAUGCCCUGAAGACAACGAUCGCUAUGUAAAGAACUGUAGAAAUGGCCGAUCUCCCAAGCAGACCAGGUGGUGGUUCCAUGAUGACAAAGUUUAACAGCAGGAGUAUCUUCCUGUAUCAAUUAGUUUAAUAACUAGAUUAGACAAACAGCUUUCACUUUUAAGGAAAAUUGAAACAAAAGGAGAAAGCAUUUUCCCAAUCAAAGUUAAAUGCUCAAUAACUCCUGCAAAAUGUUAUGCUGGUAUUUCAUAAAAGAGAAAAGUCAGUCUUUGUUUAGCAACUUGUAAGGAACAUGCUUACUCAGCUAAUGGUGUUUAACACGUGCGAGAGAAGCUUGGUGCACUGUGAGCACAUGAAUGAGAAACUUUAUCAUUCUGAAAC